GCUGAAGGAAGCAGCCUAAUCUUCUCCUCAUCCUUCCACUCGUCUAUGAACUUCAGCGAGGGUGCCUUUAUGUAGCUGGAGAAGUCUCUGCUUCACUUCACACAGUCCAGACAGGGGUUCAUGCAGGACUUACCUGAGACAGCACGGAUAAUUUAGGACAAAUUGCACCGCCUGCACUGAAGCCCCCCCAAUCUGCAUCUCCUGGGAGCAUCAUGAAGACCAGCUUCAACCCCUCCAUCCACAUCCAUAAGCCAUCGAACAUCACCGUUGGAGGCGGUGACGUUACCUUGUACGAAGGAUGUAAGCACAUGCCAGAGGUCCUGAUCUUUUACUUGACCUUGCAGUUCAUCAACUUGUUCCUGGGGAUCCCUGCUAACCUAAUAGUGCUGUGGCUCCUGCACAAGAACAAGGGGGACUCCUCCACCUCCGACAUCUUCAUCCUACACCUGGCUGUCCUGGAUAUCUUCUUCUGCCUCAUCCCACCCCUGGAACUGGCCAGUAUAGUCUUCCUCACUACUGGCACCACCUGGUAUGUACUGCGCUUCUUCUACGGAGUGAAAGACUGUUCUCUGCUCUUCCUCUCCUGCAUCUGCCUGGACCGCUACAUGGCUGUCCUGCACCCCAUCACCUUCACUGAGCUGAAGGACCGAAGCCACCGCACGGUGUGUGUUGCUGUGGUGUGGCUGGUCACCCUGGCCUAUGCGGUCGCCAAGUGCAUGGGCAACAUCCCCAACUUCGAGAAGGCCUUCACUGUCAUGAUCCUGGCAGCUUUUGCCAUCAUGCUCUUCUGCAACGUGGCCAUCCUGCACGCACUUCGGCAAUCUGGCCCUGGCCGUGAUGAGAUGCACCCAGUCAAGAAGAGGGCCUUCAAGAUGGUGUUCAUCAUCCUGGCCAUCAUCGUGUUCAACUACUUCCCUCCUGUAGCAUUGUUUCCCUUUAAGGAGUACUUCACCCCAGAUGAGUUCAACUGCUAUGUCUUCAUUGUAGCCUUUGGCUUCAUGGAUAUCAGCAGCAGCAUUCAGCCUGUUCUCUACCUCUCCCGGGGGAUUCCCAGUGUCCCUUGCUGCUGCUCUAAGGAGGUUUUUGAUCAAAAAUAUGGAGAGUAG